UGCUGAUCGCCGGCAUAUGCUCGUCCUCGCUUUUCUCGCGACGCCCUCAGCCGCCACUCGCCCGCCUACGUGGGACGGGGAGGCACUCAUCGUCACGCACAACCGCACCGACUUCUGCGUCAAGCGCCCGACCGACGCGCCGGCGCUCGCCCUCGCGGCGUCCGCCUCGUGCGAACCCAACAAGGCCGCGGAGCUCCUGCUCCGCGAGGACGACCUCACCUGGGAGGGCGCGGCGCUGUUCGGUGCCUGGCCGGACGCCACCUUCCAUCAAAACUUCUCCUUUCCCACCAAGUUCUCCAAGCCCACCGGCGCCGCCUCAUGCACCGCCGGCCCGACGACCCUCAAGCACAUCGGCGCCGCGGCCGACGCCGAGUUCACCUCCUUUGACGAGCCUUCCCGCGCAACCAAGAUCAGCGACCCUUCACCCGAGGAGAGCUUCACAAUCGCGGCCCAUUCAGAGAUCGAGGAGCUGCUCGUUCUUCACCCUUGUGCGGCCGUACUGGCGCUGCUCAUCGCGGCGUGCAGUGGGCUGCUGCUGCGUGGGCAGCAGGACGUAUGCGGCACACCAGCGGCACCGCUCCAGACCGUCAACGUCAGCAGCCCGUGCUCGCUCACCGACGGCGGCUCGUGCGCCGCUUCGCCAAACUACCCGAACAGCUACGGCAGCAACGAGAAGUGCACCAUUAGCGGCGUGCCGCCGGUCGAGCUGGAGAUGGUCGCCUUUGAUGUGGAGGGCAACAAUUGCCGCUACGACUAUCUUACCGUCAACGGCGUAAAGUACUGCGGCAAGUCGGGGCCGGAUGGCGCGGUGGCGGAGGGCGGCGUCAUCGAGUGGGAAUCGGAUGGCAUCGACAUCUGCUGGGCGACCCGGCCGCCUUCACCGCCGUCCCCGCCGCCUUCACCGCCGCUGGUGCCUCCACCGCCGCCUUCACCGGGUUUUCCUGGCGGCUACUUCAUCACCGGCCCGUGCUCGCUCACCGACGGCGGCUCGUGCGCCACGUCGCCAAACUACCCGAACGGCUACGGCGACAACGAGGAGUGCACCAUCAGCGGCGUGCCGCCGGUCGAGCUGGAGACUGUCGGCUUUCAUGUGGAGCGAUGCGCAUUCGGCUGCAGAUGCGACUACCUCACCGUCAACGGCGCAAAGUACUGCGGCACUUCGGGGCCGGAGGGCGCGGCCGGGGGCGGCGUCGUCUACGCGUAUAACAGCGGUGCGGUCUCGAUAAUCGGCUCGACGAACGGCGUCGUCGUCUACGCGUAUCGGAACAGCGGUGCGGUCUCGAUAACCAGCUCGAACGUGUCGGGCUGCUCUGCUGGCAAUAACGGCGUCGUCGUCUACGCGUAUCGGAACAGCGGUGCGGUCUCGAUAACCAGCUCGAACGUGUCGGGCUGCUCUGCUGGCAAUUACGGCGGCGUCGUCUACGCGUGGAACAGCGGUGCGGUCUCGAUAAGCAGCUCGAACAUGUCGGGCUGCUCGGCUACUGGCCUAAGCCAGGAAGGGAACGGCGGCGUCGUCUGGGCGCAUGGCAGCGGGGCGGUCUCGAUACUGGACUCCACCGUGAGCGGCUGCUCGGCUGGCCAGUGGGGCGGCGUCGUCUACGCGGAUAAGAGCGAGUCCCUCUCCAUCGCGGGUGUCGACUUCAUCAACAACGGAGCGGCUAGGUCAGGCUCGGUGCUGUACCUGUCAGUCCUCACUCAACGCUCUUCCAUAAGCGACGCCUCCUUCACCGGCAACGACGGUGUCACGAUCCAGACCGACUCGCCGAUAGACUGGGACUGCCGCUUGGGCAGCUGGAUGCCGACCGAGGGCGCCUUGAAGGGCGACGUCAACGCUCCCGAGUGCUACCUUUGCCCCGCUGGCUACUUUGGGAACACGAGCGGCCUCACCACUUCCUCUUGCAGCGGCCAGCGGGCCACCCGCAUCGAGUCCGCGGUCGGCCUGCAGCCCAAGUUCAAGGUCUUCGUCAGCUUCUACCAGGUGAGCAGCGCCCUCGGCCUCGUCUACGGCGUCCGCCUCCACGGGCGCUUUACGCGCUGGCUCGACGUGCUCAAGCUGUUCAGCCUGGACCUGUUUGACGUUGCCAUCCCCGGCCCCUGCAUCGGAGCCAUGAGCACGCGGCUGCUCGUCGCGGGCACCUGGCCGUACCUCGCCGUCGCCUUCGUGUCGCUCGCCAUUGUGGCGGUGGCGGCGGUCCUCAAUGUCAAGCAGAAGCAGGCUUUCGACCGCCAGCUGCUCGGCCGCCUCCUUUACUGGGCGAUCUUCAUCUUCUACCUCGUGCUUCCCUCCGUCUCGCGCUCCAUCUUCAGUGCGAGGCUGUGCGAGUCCUUUCGCUACGACGACGCGACAGGCCAGCGCAUCAGCUACCUGCUUGCCGACCUGGCGCUCACGUGCGAUGCCGGCCCGACGUGGGAAGACGAGACUGUGAGGGGACUCGCGCCGUACUUUUGGGCCUACUUCGCUCUCUGGCCCGUCCUCGUGCCGCUCGGCUUCCUGGCGCUGCUGCUCCGCGUCCGCAAGCCCGUGGCUGCGCAGCGCGCAACGCCGCUCUCUCGUGCGACGAGCUUCCUCUGGCGGGACUACUCUGCCCGCUUCCUCUUCUGGGAGGUGUUCGACCUGUUCCGCAAGAUCUUCCUCACCUCGAUGGUGCUCUUCAUCGACCACGAGUACGGCGCGAGGAAGUUGCUGCGCACCGUGGUCGCCGCCAUCGUCUCGGCCAUGUUUCUCACCAUUCUCGCGCUCGCCCGCCCCUACCGGCGCUUCGACGACCUCUGCCUCGCGUGCAUCGCCAACUUGCUCCUCACCUGCUGCUUCGUGUCGGGAGUGGUCAUCCAGCUCUGCGACAGCACCGUGCACGAAGACAUGUGCUACGAACUCGUUGGCUACAAGACCUCGCGCGGCGCCACCACCUUUGCCGUCGCCCUCACCGCAGUCAUGCUCGCCGUCUCGCUAGCCGUCAUCCUCAUAUCGGCGGUCAGCGCCUCGAGGGUGAAGACCAUGCGGCUCGUCUCGUCGAAGCGCGAGCCGAUGCGCGACGGCAUCACCCUCGCCGACGGCCAGGAGUGGCACCUCUUCCUCAGCCACGUCUGGAGCACGGGCCAGGACGCCGUCGCCGUCAUCAAGAACGAGCUGCAGCAGUUCCUGCCCGGCUGCGAGAUCUUCCUCGACAUCGACGACCUCAAAAACAUCGGAGAGCUGGAGGCGUACAUUCGUCGCUCGCAGGUGGUGCUCUGCUUCCUGUCGCGGGGCUACCUGCGCUCGACGAACUGCCUGCGAGAGGUCCGCGCCGCGCUGGAGAUGGGCAAGCCGCUCGUGCUCGUCCACGAGGCAGACCCGGACAAGGGCGGGGGCACACUCGCCGAGCUGCGGUCCGAGUGCCCCGAGGAGCUGCAGGCCGCCAUCUUUGAGGCCGGCUGGCCGAUGGCGGUGUGGCAUCGGAUCGCGGCCUUCCAGCACGUCUCGCUCAAGGUCAUCGCCGAGGCGCUACUGCUGAAGACGCCAAAGUACGCGGGCGAGGACGAGCUGCCCCUGUGCAUCCCGGGCGAGAUCCGAGCCGACGGCCUCGCCUUCCCCAAGCCGGUGAUUCUCUGGGCCUCGACGUUGAACGCCGGGGCGCGAGAGCUCGCCAAUUCGGUCGCGGCGGCCGUGGCUGGCGGCAUCUCGAUCCCCGACGCAGCGCCCUCGCGCCUAUCCGCGCUGCCUCGCUCCUCGCGCUCCUCGCGCCUCUCCUCGCUCCUCCCUUCGCUAUCUCGACGCGCGAGAAGAGAAGGCGGCGGCGAGGCGACGCACAUGCUGCUCUACCUGAACAGGUUGACGUGGGCCGGCGAUGGCGCCGAGGCGCUCGCAGAGCAGGUGCGCGCCGCGCGCCGCGCCAAGCUGCCGAUCGUAAUGGCGCACGAGAAUGACGCCGUCCGCAACGGCUGCAUCUUUGGGCAUUUUUUCGAGGUAACGCCGCGCGACCUUAUUGCCGAUGGGCUGUACCACGACCUCGCCAUCGGCUGCCACGCGGACCCGCACCGACAGGUGUCGCUCGCCCUGCUCGCAAAGGCGCUCGGCGCGACCAAGCAGACAGCCCAGUCGCGCGUGCAUCGCGUCACCGCCCUCGCUCUAACGAUCCGCGGCUCCUUGACAAAGACGAAGCCGUCGAAUGGCGACGACCUUGUGGAAGCGUCAGCGACGCAGGCCCGCCAGAUCGUCUGAGCGGAUACAUACCCCACUGUACUUUAAGUGCGACAGCCCCGACAGCCGACUCCCGUGCUUGUGCCGCGAGUUUUUUGCAUUCUAAAUUCUUUUUUGUCAAUC